AUGGUAGAGCAGACGCAGUGGGAUCCCUUUCAUCGCCCUCGUUAUGCCAGCCAACAGAACAGGUGGAGAAGCAACGGGAAAACUGGAGACCAAUCGGACAAUGCUGCAGGGGAGGAAGGACAACCUGGAGAGGGAGCGAUGGGACAGGACACGGUAAAAGGAGCGAUGCAGGAGUGGUUCAAGGUCAAGAUCCCCUGUGGGAGAAGAUAUGACAAGACAUGGCUAAUGAAUUCCAUCCAGAGCUAUUGCAGUGUGCCCUUUACCCCGGUUGAUUUCCACUAUGACAGAAGCUGGGCCCAAUUCUUUGUCGAGGGUACCAGUGUUGCCGACGCACUGAGGGACAUCUGCUACAAGAUCCGUGGUGAGAAGAGCCAAAAGGUAUCUAUCUUUGUCAGUCCUUCUUUUGUACCCUACUCGGUGCGGUACAAGUUUACAGAUGAACAACUAGAGCAGAUCAAGCUGACCAUGAAGAAACGCUAUGAUAUGGAAGAGCAAGCUCUGGACCUCCAGAAACUCCGCUUUGACCCAGAUUUGGUGGACCACGAUAUCGAGUUUGUCCUGAAUCGAAGACACUGCAUGGACAUUGCUGUGCAGAUCAUUCAGAACAGUUUCCCUGAGCUGUCAUACUUGAACUUGAGCAACAACAAACUCUAUCGGCUGGAUGCCCUGAGUGACAUUGCAGACAGUGGCCCUGACGUCAGGAUUCUGGACCUUUCCCGAAACCAGCUGAGGUCAGUCUUAGAGCUGAACAAGGUGAAAGGGCUGAAACUGGACGAGCUGUGGCUAGACGGGAACCCACUGUGCAGGAACUUCCGAGACCAGGCUGCUUAUCAAAGAGGAGAGGAAGAAGAGGAGAUGACAGGGAACGGGGUGGACAUGGAGGCCCUGGAGCCUGAUGGCCACCAAUUUGACCCACCAGUUGCCCCUGGCACUGAUGCUCGCUGGUUGGUGAGCCCCAGCAGGCAAGCAGAUGAAGAAGAGGCGCUGAGGGAGAGACUCUUACAGUUCCUGAAGGAGUAUUACUCUGUCUUUGACAAUGGAGAUCGCCAGAAUCUCCUCGGUGCUUACCAUGAUGAGGCCUGCUUCUCUGUGUCUCUCCCUGCCAAUGCCAGUGGCCCAGGAGAGAGCUGCUUGAGCGAGUACUUCAAGCACAACAGGAAUUUGACCACUCUUAAGGAUCCCUGUGUGCAGAGGAAGCUGCUGAAAUAUGGGAGACAUGACAUUGUGGAAUCCCUCCGUUCCUUGCCCCAAACCCAGCAUGAUCUCAGUUCAUUUAUGAUGGACGUGUGUUACCACACGGAAAAGAUGCUCUGCUUCUCUGUCAGUGGGCUGUUCCGGGAAGAAGCAGGGGGAAAUUCAGAGAAUUGUAUCCGUGCCUUCACCCGGACCAUCAUUGCUAUUCCUGGCAGCGGAACAAAUCUGUGCAUCGUGAAUGACCAGCUGUUUGUGAGGGACACCACCUCUGAGGAGGUCUCAGGCACCUUCUCCUCUCUCGUGGCUCCCGAUGCGAGACCCACCCUCUCUCCAGUGCAAUGUGAAAUGGUGCAGUCAUUCUCCAUCCAGUCUGGGAUGAAACUCGAUUGGUCUGAGAAGUGCCUUAUGGACAAUGAGUGGGACUACAACAGAGCUGCUCAGAUCUUCAUUAAGUUCAAG